ACGACUUCAGACCUUAUGGGAAAAAUUCAAGAAGCUCAAGAAGUUCCAAGAAAAAAAUCUUAAUGGAUGAACAUAUUUUCCCAUAGCAUUUUCAAGAAUUUUUCAAAUGCUUCCGUUUACACUGGAUUUUUACACAGAGAUAGAAAAGAAGCAUUAAUACUCCUUUGUUGCAAGUGUAAAAAAGAAGUUCCAGAAAUGAACUCUAACGACACAAAUGCGCCAGAGGGAGGUCUAAAUGUGACAUUGACCAUACGAUUAUUAAUGCAUGGAAAGGAGGUGGGAAGCAUCAUUGGAAAGAAAGGUGAGACUGUUAAGAAGAUGAGAGAAGAGAGUGGUGCUCGAAUCAACAUAUCAGAAGGCUCCUGCCCAGAACGGAUCGUUACAAUAACAGGACCAACAGAUGCAAUUUUUAAGGCAUUUUCAAUGAUUGCUCUCAAGUUUGAAGAGGAUAUCAACGCUUCCAUGACAAACAGCACAGUGACAAGCAAACCCCCUGUCACUUUGCGAUUAGUCGUCCCUGCAAGCCAGUGUGGCUCACUUAUAGGAAAAGGGGGAUCUAAAAUUAAAGAGAUCAGAGAGUCCACAGGUGCCCAAGUACAAGUAGCAGGAGAUAUGCUACCAAAUUCUACAGAGCGAGCAGUUACCAUAUCAGGAACCCCAGAUGCGAUCAUUCAAUGUGUUAAACAAAUUUGUGUGGUCAUGCUAGAAUCACCGCCAAAAGGUGCCACUAUCCCUUACCGUCCAAAGCCAGCAUCUGGACCUAUUAUUUUUACUGGAGGCCAGGUAAGAGCGGAUGCAAUUUUGGCCUCAGCUGGAAAUCAUACCGUCCUGGCCCAACAUCAACCAACACCUGCAUUUGCAAUUCAGGGACAGUAUGCUAUCCCACAUCCAGACUUGACCAAGCUUCACCAGUUGGCUAUGCAGCAUACCCCCUUUACUCCCCUUGGGCAGACCACCCCUGGUUUCCCUGGACUGGAUGCCUCUUCUCCAACCAGUUCCCACGAGCUUACUAUUCCAAAUGAUCUAAUAGGGUGCAUUAUUGGCAGACAAGGCAGCAAAAUAAAUGAAAUCCGGCAGAUGUCAGGCGCACAGAUCAAGAUUGCAAAUGCUUCAGAGGGAAAUGGAGAGAGACAAGUCACAAUUACAGGCUCCCCUGCAAACAUUAGUUUAGCACAGUACCUCAUUAAUGCCAGUUUCUUUUGGUGAAUAUGAAUAAAUCUCUAUGGAUUCAGCUUUACAACGGGCCUUCAUCUCCUUGAAACGUCAGGAAAUUUUGUGUACAUCGAAGUUCACUGCUUGACAAAGGAGUUGGAUAGAGCCACCUUAUUCUGCUAUGUGCUUUUCAUUGAAAGUAAUUAUUAAAUUGGCAAUAGUUUGUAGAAUGUUAAUGUGUUGGUGAAUGGUCAUUCUAAUAAGAAUGAAAUAUGAACUGUUCUUAAAAAAAAUAAUGGAAAAAGUAUACAGUAGGUUUAAGUAAAAAAAAAAAAACUUUUACACUGUACUUGCUAAAUAAGUAAAACUGUUUUUGCACUGCUCUCCUCUAAAACUAGAUUGUAUAUUUUGUUUUAGGUUAGGAGACUAAUGUCUCUUUGGUUUAUAUAUGUCAGUAGCUCUGGAACAAUUAAGUUUUAUCAGAUAGUUAAUUCGGUCAAGAAAAUAUUGUACAUUGUGACUGUACACUGUAUACAGUGAGAAAAUAAUGGGCCAUUACACACAGACACAUAGAUGAGGACAGUGCCAUACACAAUCACAAAUCCACAGUUUUCUGCCCAGCUCAUAAUGACAGAAUAUAAUAUCCAUGUUUCAUGGGAUUUUAAAAUAGUUUAUUCUUAAAAAAAGGACCUACUUUGACAGAUUUGAUAGAACAUUCCCUUGUGAUAAGAUUAUUUAUAGUUUAUAGCUUUUGAGCCCUGUCCUUGCAUUUCAUUAUGCAGUGUAGUAAACAUUUUCAUACUGUUCACCAAAAAGGUUUUUUUCCCAGGUCAUCUGGUGCUAUCUUUUAAUAUUAUUUUUACUGUUGUUGCCUGUAUACUAAAAAAAAUGUCCUCAUCAGUUGUUUUCCCUAUGCCAUGCCAUUAUUUAGUUUUUUUCAUGCAGGCAAAAAUACUACAUGCUGGACAUGUAAUGAACACAAGAUGUCUGUUACAGAUGUGUUUCCAUUUUAAUGAGUCUUUUCAAUUAAAUGAAAAACAUAUUUAAGGGUUGCAUUAAUAGCUGCCUGAAAUGUUUAGAUUCUGUUGACAAGUUUAUUAUACUAAGCAAUAACUAUAUGGGAUAUUUGAUCAAUGCUUGACACAUUCUGCCAACCAUUUGUUUUACCAAUAAAUAACAAUUAUCGCACAUAAGGGGAAACAUCUAUCUGCCAGUACAAUUUUAAAAAUGCAGUGUUACAAAAAUAUUUUAAAUCUGAAUGGUUUUACUAAACCAGAUUAGGAUGAUUUAGUAUAAAUGAGCUCAAAUAAAUCAUUUAAAAUAGUUUACUGUUGCAAUUAAAGUGUGAUUUAGUUUUUUUGUGUUGGUUAUUAAAUCAAAUUCUACCUGUUUAAUUUUUCUCUUAGCAUUAAAACAGCCAAAUACAGCUCAGAACUGAUAAACCAGCCCAUUAAUCAGGACUUUGGAGAGGGGGGGGGUGAACUAACGAGUAAAUCCUUUAAUUUAAUGUUUUUCAGGGGACCAGAAAAAAUGGUGUAAAAUUCAGAAAAAAGUAAAAUCAGGGAAAUGUAUUAUGCAUAAUAUAUAGGUGGGACCUCAAAACAACAAUGUAAAAUGAGGGAAAACCUAAAAUCAGGGGAUGUAAAAAUUACUUGGCAUUAAAAUGAAAUAAUAAAAUAAUAAUGUUAAAGUCAAACAAUACCCUUUUUUCUUUGAUCUGCCAUUCUUCCUCUCCAUAUUGAAACAACAUCGAGAGGCAGAAAAGUACAAUAGCAUUACAUGAAAAAGAAUCAGUAUGGUAUGCAUUACUGAAUCCAAAUCUUUGGGAUACUAAUGGAUGAGAAAAUAUAAAAAAUGGCAGUCAUAAAGGUAUAAACUGUUGGCAGUCAUAAAGGUAUAGACUGUUGGGAAAUUUAAUUUAUUUUUGUCUGCUGUGCUUCAGCUAUAUUUUGAUACCUGUACCAUCCUGGUAAUAUUACCACAUUCAUCUAUACAUAUUAGGGCUCACUUUAAAAUAAACAUGCCCAGUAACUUUUGAUCCUUAUGCAGUGACACCUCUUUAAUGCUAACAAUACUAGCUAGCCUCAGAGCACUUGUAUUGUAUCAGGGCUAACCCUAUUUUGUGUACUGGCCAUUACACAUGCAAUAUUUAUUAAAACUGCCAUACAGUAUAAAAAUAAAUUCAGGAGAAUCUUUGUUAUGAGAGUAAAAUUGUCAUGGAUUUGAAUGCAUGUAAAUAUUUACAUAAUUAAUGAAUGUCUUAUGCUGCUGUUUUUUUUAUAUAAUAUAUAUGCCAUAUGUCACUAUCAUAAAAUGAUUUCUAAUUCUGAAGCAAACUGUAGCUUUAAUCAGGCAGAAUAUAUAUAAUCAGGUCUGGUACAUGCACAUAAUUCUGUGCUCUACCAAAUUCAGAGUAUUUCCAGAAUAAAUGUAAUUGAUUUCCUUUA